GUUCCCUCCCCGGCAGGGCGCAGCGGAGGCCGAGGCUGGAUCGGGUUCCCCGCCUGCCCGUCCCAAAUUCCGCCGAGGGAGCCGCCGCGCGGAGGACGAGCCGAAGCGGGCACAGGGGAGCGGGAGCCCGGGCCGUCAGCGUCCGGCAGCGAGGGCGCAGCCAGCGGCCACCCGGCACCCGACCGAGCGCAGAGCCUCGCCGCGUUCAACAAAGGCAGCCCGAGCGCGUGCGGCGUUUGCAACUCCAAAAUGCAGUCCCAACAGUACGUGCAGCCGCGUCGAAAAUUUGCAGCUGCCUUCCUGGCAUUCAUUUUCAUCUUGGCAGCUGUGGACACUGCUGAAGCAGGGAAGAAAGAGAAGCCAGAAAAAAAAGUGAAGAAGUCUGACUGUGGGGAAUGGCAGUGGAGUGUGUGCGUGCCCACCAGUGGGGACUGUGGCCUGGGCACCCGGGAGGGCACCCGGACCGGAGCCGAGUGUAAGCAAACCAUGAAGACCCAGAGAUGUAAGAUCCCCUGCAACUGGAAAAAGCAAUUUGGAGCGGAGUGCAAAUACCAGUUCCAGGCUUGGGGAGAAUGCGACCUGAAUACCGCCUUGAAGACCAGAACUGGAAGUCUGAAGCGAGCCCUCCACAACGCCGACUGCCAGAAGACAGUCACCAUCUCCAAGCCCUGUGGCAAGCUGACUAAGCCCAAACCUCAAGUACCUCAGAAUGUGACUGUGUUUGGAGAUAAGGCUUUUAAAGAGGUCAUUAAAGUGAAAUGA